AUGCCGUGGAAAAGUUACAUAGUUCAAUGCAGAAGAAGUACAAGACUUCGUGCACAUAGUUUGUCAAAGUUUACAAACACUGCAGAUACUCCUGUAGAUUUAGAAUCCGAAGAUCAAGCAAACAUGAAUACCAACAACAGAGGAGACAAUAGACCACUUGCAAAAGUCUAUCGACGUCCAGAUAACAAAGUCAUAAAGGCUACUGCUGGAAGAAAUAUCAAAACUCUUGUUGGAAAUAAACUUGUUGAUGAAGUAGAAGGGGAUGAACAUAAUUGUAAUAAUCUGGUGGAUGAACAAGAUGGAGAUCAAGAUAAUGACAAACAAAGUGAUGAAGAUAUGCAAGAAGGUGAAGAAGACAGUGCACAAGAAGAUAGUGCAGAAGACAUGGAGCAAGACGAUAGUGCACAAGAAGGUGAAGAAGGUGAUGACGAUAGUGCACAAGAAGGUGAAGAAGGUGAUGAAGAUAGUGCAGAAGAAGAAGAUGAUGAACAAGACGAUGUACUAAACGAAAGUGAGGAAGAAAAUGAGGAUGAAGAAGAAGAGGAUGAACAAGAAGAGGAUGAAACAGAAAAUCAAGCUCAAGUCAACAAUGCACAACCAAAGAUUAAAAUAACAAAAUACAAAAGGAAAAAGGAAGCUGCAUUUGAAACUCAUAUACCAAGAAAAAGGAUUGCUGGAACAUUAUAUCCACUAUUGAAGUUCAUGAACAAGGAUGUUAAGGUAUUUUUUAUUUAUUUCGUUACUUAG